AUGUCUCUCUCUCAGCUGGCCAACCGUAUCAUUGUGCCGGUAGCAAUUGCCGCUGCGACCAUACAGGCUAGCAUCUAUGACGUUCCCGGAGGGUACAGGGCAGUCAUGUUCGACCGGUUUUCUGGCGUGAAGGACCAGGCUUCUCUCGAGGGCACCCACUUCCUCGUUCCUUGGCUCCAAAAGGCCAUCCUCUAUGACUGCCGUAUCAAGCCGAGGAACAUCUCUACCACGACUGGUUCUAAGGAUAUGCAAAUGGUGUCCAUAACCCUGCGAGUGCUCUCACGGCCGGAUAUCGAGCACCUACCGAGGAUCUACAAGAGCCUUGGUCUGGACUACGACGAGAGGGUGCUUCCGUCAAUUGGAAACGAGGUGUUGAAGAGCAUUGUGGCUCAGUUCGAUGCGGCAGAGCUCAUUACGCAGCGUGAAGUGGUGUCAUCAAGGAUCCGUGGGGACUUGCUUCAGCGGGCGGGCGAAUUCAACAUUGUGCUCGAGGAUGUUUCUAUCACACAUCUCACGUUCGGCAAGGAAUUCACUCAGGCUGUCGAGGCGAAGCAGAUCGCGCAGCAGGAUGCUGAGCGUGCGAAGUUCAUUGUUGAAAAGGCUGAACAAGAGCGUCAAGCGGCCGUCAUUCGUGCUGAGGGUGAGGCGGAGGCAGCUGCGACCAUCUCGAGGGCAUUGGAGAAGGCUGGCGACGGGUUUAUCGCGUUCAGGAAGAUCGAGGCCAGCAAGGCGAUCGUGCAGUCGCUGACGUCGAAUCCGAACGUAACGUACAUUCCGAGCGGUGGAGGGAAUGUGCUGCUUAACGUGCCCACGCCGUCCCACUUCCCCCGCAAGUAG